AUGGCGAGCGACGAGGCGAAGCGCAACGCCGAGGCGCUGAUACCCAAGUUCCAGUUCGACCGCGUGCUCAAUCAAGAUGGGGGCGGACGCCGGAUUACCCUCCUCGGCCGUGUCGACGCGGAGCCUGCCCUCCUGGUCCUCGAUAGGGCUCCCUUCCCUGAUGCGCCCGAGUACCUGUCCGUUUUCCCGGCAAAUCUACGCAGCCUGACGAACCUGGGAAACAACGACAUCUACUCGUGGUUCCUGGGCAGCGGCGGGCCCAUCCUGCAGGAGAACGACAAGGACAAGUACGCCGACUUCAAGAUCGACCUCAUCUGCCCGUGCACGGACAAGCACAUCAAGAAGCACUCGAGGCAGGGCCACCGCUUCGUGACCGAGACGCCCGCCAUCUACUGCGACCAGGUACGGCCAUUCAUGCAGGCGAACCGCGAGGCCGGGCGGCUCAACUGGGUCUACAACAUCAUCGAGGGGCGCAAGGAGGUCGAGGACGUGAUAUACAGGACGCCGCUGGGCCGGGACGGCGACGAGGGCUUCCUGAUGCUGCCCAACCUGCACUGGGACCGCAAGACCAUCGAGGCCCUGCACCUGCUGUGCAUCGUCGAACGGCGCGACCUGUGGAGCCUGCGAGACCUGAAGAAGAAGCACAUCCCGUGGCUACGGCACAUGAGGGCGAAGGCGAUCGACGCGACGGUCAAGUCAUACCCGCAGAUCGAGGAGGACCAGCUGAAGCUGUUCUUCCACUACCAGCCCACGUACUAUCACCUGCACAUCCACGUGGUCCACGUCGCGCUGGAGGCAACGUCUACGCAGUCGGUAGGGAAGGCGGUGGGCCUCGACAGCGUCAUCGAGCAGUUGGAGAGGAUGGGAGGGGAUGAGGAGACGGGUAUGGACUCGGUAUCGCUCAGCUACACAGUGGGCGAGGAGUCGGAGUUAUGGACAGAUAUAUUCGAGCCUCUCAAGACCGGCCGUAAAGCUUCUCUACAGCAAUAA